ACAACAUAGCACAACAUUCUUGGGGGCUCCAUCGGUCAAUGGAGACCCCGAUCUCUACAAGUCCGCCGCCCAAGCGAGUUCGCGGGGAGCGCGGUGGGCGGAGGGUUCAGCGGCAGAAGAAGCUGCGGGAGCUCACAGAACAAGGUCUCUACAUCCCUCAAAGCUGGAAAACACUAUCCCCAAACAGCAGCCAUGGCAGCAGCCAUGGAGCCAAAAAGAUCCCAACAAAACAGCAAACAGGGCCUGGAGGGCCUGGAUCUGGUGAAAAAUCCGAAGAUGUCCAGUUGGAUGAUGUAAGAUCUGGUGAAAUCCAGGAAAGACCUGAGAGGAAGGAAGAUUUCGUGUGGGUUCUGGUGGACCGAUCACCUUCACCGGAGUUUCCCAGUUGGGGCGAAGCCGGCGAAGCCGAAGCCGGCGAAGCUGGAAACAUGGAGAGCGUAGCAACCGUAGCGAAGAAACUGAUCCGACCUACGCGGGCACCGACGAAGCCGGAAAAGCCGGUGGAGCAAAAAAGGCUCGUUUUGGACGACAGCCCCAAGUUGUUGUGGAACCCUUAG